GAAAAUGUACGGGUUGCUACUAGAAAACAUGGCGGAGUUCAUAAGACAAACGUACGGGGAGGAGCGCUGGGAGGACAUCCGGAGGCAGGCCGGCGUCGAGCAACCCUCGUUCUCAGUCCACCAGGUGUACCCCGAGAACCUCAUCACCAGGCUUGCCAAGAAGGCUCAGGAAGUCCUAGGCAUCACAGAGCGAGAAUUCAUGGACCAAAUGGGCGUCUACUUCGUAGGCUUUGUGUCCCAAUACGGCUAUGACCGCGUCCUGUCAGUCCUAGGCCGUCACAUGAGGGACUUCCUGAACGGCCUAGAUAACCUACACGAAUACCUAAAGUUUAGCUAUCCUAGGAUGCGAGCGCCUAGUUUUAUAUGCGAGAACGAGACGCGGCAGGGACUGACGCUGCAUUAUAGGUCGAAGAGGAGAGGAUUCGUGUAUUACGCUAUGGGACAGAUUAGAGAGGUAGCUCGCCACUUUUAUCACAAGGAGAUGCGAAUAGAGUUGCUAAGGGAAGAGCUACUGUUUGACACAGUCCACGUGACCUUCCAGCUGACAUUUGACAAUCGGGCGUUCACUCUGGCGUCUCUGGCCAUGACACGGGAGGAAAAACAUCUGCCCAUCAGCGCCUCUGUGCUGUUCGAGAUAUUCCCGUUUUGCAUCGUUUUUGGAUCGGACAUGGUGGUCCGCAGCAUCGGCAACUCCCUCAUGGUGAUCCUACCCGACCUGGUGGGCAAGAAGAUCACCAACUGGUUCGAUCUAGUGCGGCCGCUCAUCGCAUUUAAGUUUCAAACCAUCCUAAACCGCACAAAUAACAUCUUCGAGUUGGUGACAGUGGAGGCAGUCAUCCACGAGAAGGCCACGGACAAGAGGAGUGAGAUCCUGAAGCUGUCAGACGAGUCUGAUGGGACCACGGAGAAGAACUUGAGGCUUAAAGGUCAAAUGAUCUACAUGGAUAACUGGAGGAUGAUGAUGUAUCUGGGGACCCCUGUGAUGCCAGACCUCUCCGCGCUGGUCUCCACGGGCCUGUACAUCAACGACUUGUCCAUGCAUGACUUCAGCAGAGACCUGAUGUUAGCCGGCACUCAGCAAUCCGUGGAGCUCAAACUAGCACUGGACCAGGAGCAGCAGAAGAGCAAGAAACUAGAAGAGUCCAUGAGAAAACUGGACGAGGAGAUGAAAAGGACUGAUGAACUCUUGUACCAGAUGAUACCUAAGCAAGUUGCCGAUCGUCUAAGGAAGGGAGAAAACCCUAUUGAUACAUGUGAGAUGUUCCACAGCGUGUCCAUCCUCUUCUCCGACGUGGUCACGUUUACGGAGAUCUGCUCACGCAUCACCCCCAUGGAAGUGGUCUCCAUGCUCAACGCCAUGUACUCCAUCUUCGACACACUCACGGAACGGAACCGGGUCUAUAAGGUGGAAACCAUAGGAGAUGCUUAUAUGGUGGUAUCCGGGGCUCCUGAAAAAGAAGACAACCACGCCGAGAAAGUCUGCGAUAUGGCACUUGACAUGGUUGACGCCAUCACCGACCUUAAGGAUCCUAGCACAGGCUCUCACCUCUCUAUAAGAGUGGGCGUCCACUCAGGUGCAGUCGUAGCCGGCAUUGUUGGCCUCAAAAUGCCUCGCUACUGCCUUUUCGGGGAUUCCGUCAACACCGCCUCACGAAUGGAAUCCACGUCGGAAGCCAUGAGGAUCCAUAUAUCGCAGACGACGCAGGAGCUACUCUCACCCUCUUAUAUGGUGCAGGAGAGGGGUGAAAUACAGGUUAAAGGAAAAGGCUCAAUGAAGACCUACUGGCUCGAAGGUAGAGAGUCCAGACCUUCCCUAACCAAGGUGAUAUCGCCCCAGCUCCAACCAGGCACGGAGCCAGAAUGGGAGCGAGCGGCUGAUGUCAGAGAAUCCAUCGCUGAGUAUUCUGCGCAGCAAUUCUUGAAUAAGGAGAGCAACUGUUUGCAGGCGGCGAAUGCCGUGCAGAACUCUGGACCGAGCUCGUUGGUCAGUCUAUCAGGGAAUACUCUAGCUCAGCCUUCAACCCCAACAGUCCGGAGCCAAGGGCACGCGACGCCAACUGUGACGUCACCUGUCGAAGAACGACGGACGAUGUACUCGCCUGUCACGUUCCAAGAUGUCGCGCGACGGAGCUUAGCUAACUCGCCGAAUAGGACUGAGAAGCCCAGGGAUUCAAGGUCAAAUUCGGCGAGCCUGGGCGGCAACUGGGCUGAUGCAGAGUCACUCGCCACAGACCCUGCGAGGAACAUCGACAGCCUCAAUUCUAUUUGUUACAGUGCGACGUCCCCUUGCAGAAACGGUACCGCGCCCCCCUCCAAAGAAAGGGAAGAAAGCUUCGGUGAUGCAGCUUGCGUGGCUCGAAUGUCCGCAGUACACUCGGCGCCGCCCGCGUGCGUCGUCACAGACUCGUCACAACCACACAGCGCAGAGGAAAUAGAAACCGACACAGAAUACCAAGACGCGCACGAGCUCAGCCACAGCCACAUCUGCACCGUCUCUGAGGCCAUCACAGAAAACCCCAAACCCGGCAAAGUGGGACGCUUUAAAGCGAGGAUAGCCCCCCACAAAACCUGCGUCACCAAACCCCACAAGGAAUCCCUAAAAGACAAAAAUCCCCCGGUCCACGGACACCAUCACACGAAGAACGUGAAUCACCACCAGUGUUGUGGCGCGUUCGGGAACCCACAUGUGAGACAUAAAAAUAAUUCUAACUGUCAACUUAUUUAG